AUGCCCGCACAGAUUAACAACAGCCAGACAAAGUCCGAUUUCGACACCAUCGAAUCUGCACUUGACGCCAUUCGCAAUGGCGAGGCAGUAAUCGUCAUGGACAACGAGGACCGCGAGAACGAGGGCGAUCUGAUCUUCGCCGCCGAGAAGGCCACGCCCGAGCUGCUGACAUUCAUGAUCCGCUACAGCAGCGGAUACAUCUGCGUUGGCAUGCACCCGGACCGCCUUGACGAGCUCGAGCUUCCCCUGAUGGUCAAGGACAGCACCGACCCGCUGCGCACCCAGUACACCAUCACCGUCGAUGCUGCCGAGGGCGUAUCUACCGGAAUCUCUGCUCAUGACCGCAGCCGCACCAUCAGCCUGCUUGGUGACUUCCAGAACGCUGAGCCAAAGUCAUUCCGCCGUCCUGGACAUGUUCUCCCGCUGCGUGCGAAGCGCGGUGGUGUGCUGGAGCGCGGUGGCCAUACAGAGGCUAGCAUUGAUUUGACAAGGCUGGCGGGCCUGAACAUGGCGGGUGCGCUGUGUGAACUCGUCAAUGAUGACGGAACCAUGAAGCGGAGAGACGACUGCAAGGUCUUUGCUGCCGAGCACGGGCUGAAGAUGAUUACCAUCAGCGACCUUGCUGCGUACCGUCGGGCCAACAACUGCUGA